UGAAAUCUUUCAUAGUUCGUUGUAAAUUUGUAAUGUUGGUAUUUUUUGGCUCCUUCAGACAGAUAUAUGUAUGUAGUAAAACACACGUAGAACAGCUCGGAUACAAAAUUUUAUGCUAGAUAUUUAUUUGUAACAAAUCCGAAUUAAUUGUGCGUUUCCAAAUUUCCAAUUAAAACAUUUUGAGACAAUGGCCAAGACGAAGAACGGCCCGUCCACCAUUAAGAAGCGACUGGAGCAGCAGGUGGCUCUCCUACGGCGGGAACUGGCAACAUCGAGGGUGGAUCAGAAUGACCUUUGCCGAAAGUAUGCGACAACGGUGCGACAGCAGGCAGGCAGCGUAAACGUCGAGGAAUCCCUGAUGCUGAAGGAGCAGAUAAAGAUGUUGGAGAAGCUAAACCACGAACAGAGACAGUACAUAUCCUAUCUGGAGGAGCAUAUAAAAAUGAUGCCUGCAGAGUACGAGAGCAGGAUGAUUGCCCUGAAGAAGAGCGCCAAGCUCGCGGAAAUGGAACUGAACAAGGUGUACCAGGGAAUACACAGCAUUAAGGACCAGGUCAAGGAGGUGGACAAACUCAGGAAUUGUCUGAACGUUCUCAAGGCCAGACUGAAGCGUCGCGAUUUCAUCAUUGCCCAAUACGAGGCCAAGAACUCGAACAGAAUCAACAUUGUCGAUGAUCAGCAGGGGCAGAACAUGUCUCAGGUUCGUCAUAAGCAGGGCCACACCACCACCCACAAAAAGCUAAUUGUGCUGCCAAGCAAACGGCAGAAUACGCCCGAACCAACGGAUGUGCCAGCAGAGUCGGAAACAGAACCCCAGGGAACUCUUUUGAUCGAUAAGUACAAACGGUUGCAGGACCUCAGGCCUCCGCCAAAGAAGCAGCUAAGGUCCGUUGAUUUCAGCUGCCUGGCAGCGGCGCUCAGAAUAAAGGGCAACCAGGAUCAAACUGAUGGCCAGUGAAUUGGGGUCUACGAAUUCCUCUGAUUUCAGAUGCCAGUUGCUGCUCGAUUAUAGCGUUUCCCCUUCCAAGAACAAGUCAUCGAAAUUGCGUUGUAAUUAAAUCAGUUUAUAUAACCCCCCUCUCCCGGCAGGGUAUCAUAUU